AUGAGAACCUCUGUUCUUUUCAUUUUCCUCCUUUCCUGUGUCUGUUCAUGUUGGGCUGAAGAAGACCCAUGGGGUGUCUAUGGAGAGGUCUGCUAUGUUGGACAGGCUUCUCAAUACGAUCCAACUUUGGCAGCUCAAGUUCCGAAGUUCGUUAUCAACUUGGAUGUAGCUCCCGGAGAGCGUUGGAGACAAGUAGCUGAAGUUUAUGAAACAAGGGUGCUAGCUGCUCUCCAUACAGUUCGUGCUGUUUUGGAUUUCCUUGUUCCUGGUAUCUAUGAAUCUCUCGUUCAAAUAUGUGAGAAGUCAAUAAACAACGUAGCUGAGCCUUAUCGGAGCGAAAUAACGGGAUUUGCUAGAAUAAGUGGUGUGCAAAUGGGCGAGAUUGCUCUGUUGAACAUGUUCUAUGAAAUAGCUAAAGGUUGUACUUCGAUCGUUGCCCAAACACCUCAAGGAAAAAUCUAUCAUGCCCGUAAUCAAGAUUUCGGUACCGGAUUCAUUUGGAAUAUGACGCAACAUACUUGGGGACAGACUAUUGCAUUGAAAGAUUUGGUGAUUAAUGUGGAUUAUGUGAAAGAUGGUAAGCUGCUAUACAAAGGAGUAACUUUCGCUGGACAUAUGGGAGUUCUAACAGGAUUACGUCCACAUGGAUUUACUCUAUCUACAAAUGCGAGAUUCGGAAACACUCGUCAUAACAUGCUUGACUUCUUCGUUCGCGGAAUUACUGGCCGUGAAUGGAUACUGUAUAUGGAUCGCGAUGUUCUAGCCAACUAUACUAACUUCAAAGACGCUGUUAACUUCUUAGAAACUUAUCCAAUGUUGGCUUCUGGAUACUUCAUUGUUGGUGGAAAACUGCCGGGUGAGGGAGCUAUAGUAACGAGAGGACCUAAUGGCACCGACCACGUUCAAUAUCUCGAGCCUAACAAGAAAGAUGGAUGGUAUCUUCUCCAAACCAACUAUGACUGGGACAAGAAAGAGAUUUAUUUAGAUUCCCGACUUGGCCCCGGUAAUGACUGCAUGCAUCGACUAGGUCAAUCAAAUGUCGGAUUAUCCGGACUUUAUCAAGUACUCAGUAGUAAGCCAAACCUUAACAAGGCUACUGUUUAUACUUCAGUCAUGCAGGUUGACGACGUCGUUAUGGAAUCGUUUAUCAGGCAUUGUGAUGAUCCAUGCUGGUUCGUUUGA